CGCGCUUUUCAAUUCAUAAAGGUCACCUUAAGUUUUUACGGCGCGUUCUGAUCUAAAAUAGAAAAGCCUCAUCCUUGAACCCUCUCCCUAAAACUUCCGUAAUUCAAAAAACAACGUUAGAUUUGCGUAAUAAUUUCCUAGUGCGAUAAAAGUGACCUAGAGAACUAGAGCAGUUGGUGUAGCAGCAGCAGAAUGUCGCGCGAAAGAAUAACACGCAGAUUUUAUCGUGGCGAGUCGUACAGUAAUCUGCUGAACUUCCUCGAUCGGGGCUCGCUGGCCCAAGAGGAGAACAGGUGGACGUUCGAGAUCGCCUGGGAGGCGGCGAACAAAGUCGGCGGGAUCUAUACGGUCAUUAGGUCGAAGGCGUACGUGUCGACGGAGGAGAUGGGCGACCAGUAUUGCCUAAUCGGUCCGUAUAAGGAGCACUGCGCGAGGACCGAAGUCGAGGAGGGUCCUUUGGGCUGCCAGGCUCUGAACGAGGCCGUCGACGAAUUACGGAAUAAGGGAUUCAGGGUUCAUACAGGGCGAUGGCUAGUCGACGGUAAUCCACAGAUUAUUCUAAUGGAUAUCGGAUCGGCUUCGUGGAAAAUGGACGAGUUCAAGAAUGAGCUGUGGUCAACGUGUAACAUCGGCGUCCCCCAUUUGGACAUCGAAGCCAAUGACGCAAUAAUACUCGGAUAUAUGGUAGCUGAUUUUAUUCAGGAGUUUCGGAAUAAGGCCGAGGCGGCAGCCGGCGGCGAAUCGCCACGAAUCGUAGCGCAUUUUCACGAGUGGCAAGCCGGCGUGGGGCUGAUCGUUUUACGUACUCGGCAUAUCAAUGUUGCCCUCGUUUUUACUACGCACGCGACCCUUUUGGGACGAUAUCUGUGCGCCGGAAGCACCGACUUUUACAACCAGUUAGAUAAGUUUAGCGUCGACACGGAGGCAGGGAAGCGACAAAUCUAUCACAGGUACUGCAUGGAACGGGCAGCUAGCCACUUAUGCCACGCCUUUACAACUGUAUCCGAUAUUACAGGCUACGAGGCGGAACAUUUGCUCAAGAGGAAGCCGGACGUGAUAACGCCGAACGGCUUAAACGUAAAAAAAUUUUCGGCGCUCCACGAAUUUCAAAAUCUGCACGCGGUUUCGAAGGAGAAGAUACACGAGUUCGUCCGAGGACACUUCUACGGACAUUACGACUUCGAUUUGGAGAAGACCCUGUACUUCUUCAUCGCCGGACGUUACGAGUUCGGCAACAAGGGCGCGGACAUCUUCAUAGAGGCGCUGGCGCGACUGAACCACUUUCUCAAGAGCUCGCGUCCCGACGUGACCGUCGUCGCGUUCCUGAUCUUUCCGGCGAAGACGAAUAACUUCAACGUGGAGUCUCUACGCGGCCACGCGGUUACGAAGAGCUUGCGCGAUACAAUCAACGAUAUUCAGCAGAGGAUGGGGAAGCGGAUGUACGAGAUUUGCUUAAGCGGACGUAUGCCGGAUGCCCCCGAAUUGUUGCAGAAGGAAGACAUGGUGAGAUUGAAGCGGUGUAUCUACGCGCUGCAAAGAGAUGGGUUGCCCCCGGUGACUACGCACAACGUCGUUGACGAUUGGAAUGAUUCCGUUUUGAAUGCAGUGCGCCGAUGUAACCUCUUUAAUACCACGUACGAUCGGGUUAAGAUCGUAUUUCAUCCGGAAUUCCUAAAUCCGACGAAUCCGCUGUUCGGACUGGACUACGAGGAGUUCGUGCGCGGCUGCCAUCUAGGCGUAUUUCCCAGUUACUACGAGCCGUGGGGUUACACUCCCGCCGAAUGUACGGUAAUGGGCAUUCCGAGUGUUACGACGAACUUAUCUGGUUUCGGCUGUUUCAUGGAGGAGCACAUCGCGGAUCCCAUGUCGUACGGGAUUUAUAUCGUGGACCGGCGGUACAUCGGGCUGGAGAAUUCCGUGCAGCAGUUGGCGCAGUACAUGUUCGACUUCGCGCGGUUGAGCAGGCGGCAGCGUAUUAUACAGAGAAAUCGUACGGAACGUCUCAGCGACAUGUUGGACUGGCGGAAUUUGGGAAUUUAUUACAGACAAGCGCGUCACAAAGCACUCAAGGCCGUCUUCCCAGAUUGGAUAGAUGAUAGCGAGCAAGCGAUCGGACAAAUCAAAUACCCUCGACCCUUCUCAGAACCUCCGAGUCCGUCGUCAAGUAGAGGCGUGACGCCCGUGGCGUCGGUGCACGGCAGCGACGACGAAAGCGACAGUAUCGACGAGGAAAAAGAGCUCGAAGAGUUAAGAGUCAGCCAUCACUGAUCGGCUGCGAAUUCUCCUAGUGCCAAAUUGUGUUCCGCAAAACUCACGGAAUGCAUCUCCUACUCAUAAUUUGAAUAUUAGAGUUUAAUUAAUUUUAGCUAAAUAAGAAGUACAAAUUCAUUUUAUUAUUAGGAAAAUUUACAAAAAUGUAAUUAUCCUUUGGUAAUUAUACAUUAAGUUUAUUGUUUUUUUUAUGAUUUUAAUACAAUGGCAGUUUAUUUAUU